AUGAUGCAAGUCGAGGAAGAAGCCGAAACCGUUGGAUAUGACACUCAAAUUGGGAAUUCAGAGGUCGUCAUGAACACGGUCGCGAGAGAACCCGAGGAACUUGAGACCCGUCCUGAGUCGGUAGAACAGACCAAUUCUGACUUGAGUUCAGAAGUUGAGACCCUGGAUCCAGAGAGUGUUGCUGAUAUCGAGGAUAAUGCUCACGUUCCUGAACCGUCAUUGGAUGUCCAGUCACAGACAAACUGUUCGACACCGGUCCAAAGACUGGAAGCAGAAUAUGCUCGGGUGAUGCGAGUCUCUGUUGAAGAACUGGAUCUGGAACCUGCCGUAUAUCUCAGGGAAGGAAGUGAUUUGAUGGCGCAGUUACGAGAGCAACUUAUCAUGCUCCCGGAAAUUGAUGAACUAAUCCCAGAAUGUAACAUCGACGAAGCUAAUGUCGGAGUUCCGGGGGUCACAACUCCAGAGAUGGAAGCCAAGAUGAGAAGGAUCCUGAAACGCCAUCGUAGCAUCUUCCUGGGAGAUGGCAACGCAGCUCCGGCUCCUGCUCCGGCUAGGGGCGUAGUGUGUGAUAUCGCCGUCGGUGAAGCAAAACCAGUGGCUUUACAUUGCCGCACCUUUCUUGGUAAAGUGUUUGAACUCCUGAAGAAGAUGUUGGAGGCGGAGCACAUUGAACAUUCAGAGUCCGAGUGGUCAUCACCUAUUGUGAUUGUGCUGAAGAAAAACGGCAUAGACAUCUGGAUGUGUAUUGACUACCGACUUCUAAUUCGCUCAUCGAGCUAUCCCACUAUCCCCUACCUUUAA